UGUUUUGUUAGUUACGGUGUCAUACCUCAAGUUAUUACUUUUCCACCACGCGUUUUAUUUUUUAAGUAACUUUUACGGUUGUUUUCGGUAGCUUAAUGGUUUACGGUCUUUGUCCAUGACCAGUUUGAGUUGUUGUCCUGAUUCUUUCUUUCAGGCGUAGAAGAAAUGCGCAUUUUUCGUCUAUUUUCUUCCUUUGCACCCGGGAAUUAUCCAAAAUGAACGACCACGGAACGAUUAGGCAUCCCGAUUGCUCAAAUGACGUCUUGGUUCACUUUGCAGAAUCUCUGCACAUAUUUACAGGAUUAUUGACAGUGGCCACUGUAUGUGGGUUUUUUUCAGGAAUCAUAGCUGCAGCCGUUCUGUAUGUCUUUUGCCUGAAGCCUAUGCUUCUAACUCGACAAGGCUAUGAUGCCAGAAGACUGUUUGAGGGAGACGACCAGGAUAGGGAGAACAACCACAGUGACUGUGUGAGCAACAGCAAGAAGGGUGUCCAAAGUGCCACUACCAAUGAAAAAGAAAAGAAGCAGCCACCCGUGAACAGUGAUGUGGCUGCUUUUGCAUCACGGGCAAAGGUGGUGUACCCCAUCAACCAGAAAUACAGACCCUUAGCGGAUGGAGCCUCCAACCCCUCACUGCACGAGCACUCCAAGCUGCCUGUCCUCCCCAAUGGAGAGUCCUCGUCGGGCUGUAGCGGGGAUUCACUGAGCCAGGACCAGGACAACGACGACAGCAGCCAGUUCAUCUCCUCCUCACUGGUCCCCAAGAGUCUGCAGAACGAGAGCUUCACCAGGGUGGCCCUCUACCCCCACACGCUCUCUCAAACAGGUUUUGAGGGCAGGAUCAGCCUGUAUUGUCUGGCUCUGCAGGACGUGCAGAUACACUGUUCACAGGUCCUGGAAGAGAAAUGUGUGCUCUUUCUCCAAAUUCUCAGAAUUAUACUCAGCGGUCGUUUUCCCAAGGAUAAAAAGGAUUCAGCUUUUUUCACCAGUGUUCUUCUCCUGCAAGAAAAGGAACUGGGUUUAUUAAAGAAAGAACUGUCAGCCAGCCUGUUUUCCUGUGAGAGAAACAAAGAUCUCAUUUCAGAUCCUUGUACCCUGGAGGAGAUUGAAAGAACUCAGAAAGAUCUACUGGAGCACGCGCUUCAAAUGACCAAGGGCUUUAGCAAACAGGUGGAGGCCUUCUGCCAAAGCCUCCUGGGCAGGUCCAGUGUUCUCCCCAGAGAUGAGGCCCAGGAUGUCAUCCACACCCUUAUCCAAUGUCUCCUAUUGGUCGAAAACCAGCUAACUGAGACUCAGGCGGCAGACAUGAAGAGGACCCAGGAGAAGCUGCUGUGGUGGGAGGAGCUGAGGGGUGUGCUGCAGGCCAAGCCAGCCCUGCUCCAGCAGGAGGUGUCCUUCAGACAGGACCUGGUGGCCCGAGGCCUGGAGCAGCUGACCAGUGACGGCCACCUGACAUUCGCCACCAUGGAGAAGACCCUGGUCGAGCUGCAGACUGCCCUGACUGAGGGGCUGCAGCACUGCAGCGAAGAAUGCAGGAUAAAGACCAAUGAGAUUGUGUAUGAAAAGUGCAAGAAGAUAGACUCCAAGAAAAAUAAACUCCUGAGGACUCACGCAAAGGAGAGAAGCCGUGUACUGGAUUCUGCACAGACGCACAGCGACCUACAGGAAUUUGUGAAGGUGUAUCAGGAGCUGCUUCUGAAGCAGAGGAAGCAGAGCAGUGACUUGGAGCUGCAGCAGGAUGGGAGAGUGGCAGAGGCAGUGUGUGAUCUUUGGAGGAGGCAUCAUGCCACCUGGUCCAAGAAGCUGGGAGAGCUGGCCAAAGACAUCUUCCUAUCUGCUCUCCCUGCUGAGCCCCAGUUGUCCACAAACCAAGGCCAGAGGCUAUGGCUGGAUCUAGAUGGUGACCUGGUUGCACUGCUGCAGCAGGCAGAGUCCAAUACCAAACGGCAACUGGAGGGUGUACAGGCUCAAUUGGAGCGAGAUGGACAGGUAUGGUGUGUGGAAGCGGCCCUGGUGCUGGCCUGCCUUAGACACCUAGGUGAACAGCAGCUGAAGAUCCUUAGAGGCAUGGUGGUCAGACAGAGCUACAUGCUUAACAGCCAUGUGGGGAUGUUGAUUGAGAAGAAACAGCACCUCCUGCUGGUAGCGGUGCAGAGGCACUUUGUGGCCAGACACUUCUGUCUGAGGGUCUUGAAGGAGAUGAGGUUGUCCAAGCUCAAGGUGCUGUCUCAGAGUGACUUCAGGGCCCUGCUGGCUCUAGAGGACCACACCCAGACCACAGUCAGAACAACGCUCCCCAAAGCCCAGCAGCAGGAAUCCAGUGCCAGUGUUGCCGAGAGGCACCUGGGCCCGGAGACACUGCUGAUUGGCCACAGCUUCCAGCAGGAGUUCCUGUCAGAGCUAGAGACGGGAGCGGAGCUCCUGCAGGCCAACGCCCAGCAGCUGGUGGGCCACGCCCUCAGCCAGAGCCUCUGGCAGCAGAUGGACCAGGCCCCUCCCACUAGGCCCCAGCCUGACCACGGCAGGAAGAGCCAGUUGACGGAGGUAGCGUCAGAGAGUGUGUACGUGACCCGGGAUUCCCUCAGUGCUCUGGUCACCAGCUACUACUCUCAGAUCCAGGACAUCACCAAGGGCCUUCAGCAGCAACACCCUAACAAGGCCAGAGAGGAGUGUGAACGACGAGAGAGCAGCUCUCAGAUGAACAAGGACAUGCUAAAGGAGCUGGCCAACUGGGGGAGGAAGCCCAUGUCCACCGAGUUUCAUCAGAGGGUUGAACUGCAGAAGAAGAGGAUGUUGGAACAGUAUGACUUGGAGCAGGAGGUCGCAUGUGAAACUCUGAGGAGAAGGAAGUUAGCCCAGGAACAAACCAUGGAGCGAAUCAAAGGACAGUUACAGGAGGCAGAAGAGGCCUUCAUAGCUAAACUAUCUGCCUUAGCUCGGAUCCCAUUACCCGACAAAGAGCUCAACACUGAGGAUGACAUCAUAGGGGAGGAGGAGAGUCCAACAUUGAAUCCAACAUUGUGGAAGAGGCGAGAGAGGCGGGAGCAUGAAACUCUGCUCACCAAUCCAACACUUUUAUUUUCAUGACAGGGAAUGUGUAACUUUAGGAUUAGGGUAGACAAUUGGAACACAACUAUAUUUAUUACACCUGACGGGGGGGGUUGUACUGGGCAUUUUUGGCUGUUUUCACAUGUAAUAUAACCCUUUUUAAUCCUCUUUAUGUCCACUGAAAGCAGGCUAGUGAUUGCUUUGCAACGCUUGCAGUUAGCCAUCGAUUCCUUCCAAACCCCUCAUUGUGGAAUUGAGAUUUCCAACUUGUUGUGUAAAGUCCAUGUCAAAUGGCCAAUGAUCACAGAUUCGUUUUAUCUAUAAUUUAUCUUCAUAUGACAAGGAUUGAAAAGGAUUUGCCAGUUGAUUGCAGCAUGCCUAAGGCACGUUCACACAGAUGAGCAGGGACCCUGGGCACCUUUCUUUGGUGUUUUUCAGAGUCAGUAGAAAGGGCUCUUUUAGUGUCCUAAGUUUUCAGAACUGUGACCUUAAUUGCCUACUGUCUUUAAGCUGUUAGUGUCUUAUCGAACGUUCCACAUGAAAAUGUUAAUGAAUUGUUUAUGGUUCAUUCAAGCAUGGGAAACAGUGUUUAAACCCUUUACAAUGAA